GUGGUGUUGCUCGUCACCAGAAAGCCGUCACUCCCUAUUUCUUCGUAAAUGUUUCGGAAAUCGCGCGAUAGAAAAUCGCAAACAAAAACGUGCAAAUGUAAAUAAAACCCCUUUUUAACCCCCCAACAACUUUAAUGUCUAGCAAAAUACUCAAUAUGAACGUGGUGGUCUUCCUCCUCAAUGUGUUGAUUGUGGUUGUGGUAAGUGGCGGACCGGCUUGGCGAGAGGUCCAAAGAGGCGGCGGUUUGAGGGUGGGCUCCGGAGCUGGCAAAAACUCCUCCUCGUCGAGGGGGAAUGGGAUUAGGGUCGGCGGCAGCACCAGAGGGGUGCGAAUCACCACGACGAUGAUGCCGGAAGGAGACCAAGUUAGUCAGCCGACUGCUACGGCCACUUCCAACCACCAGCACACCCCUCUCAAUGUGGGGAUGGUGCUGCCGUCCAAGUCCUUCGGGGUGAGGGAGUACACCAAAGCCGUCACUUCGGCCAAAUACAACUUGCAAAGGAAAUUGAGGCUUUUCAAGCACCACGACAUUAAAGUCCAUAUCGUGAUGAAAGAACUCACCCCGAGUCCAACAGCAAUUCUCAAGUCCCUCUGCAAGGAAUUCCUUUCGGUUAAUGUAUCAGCUAUUUUAUACUUAAUGAAUUACGAGAAAUACGGUCGAAGUACGGCAUCUGCCCAAUAUUUCCUUCAAUUAGCAGGCUACUUAGGGGUACCUGUCAUAGCAUGGAAUGCGGAUAAUUCAGGAUUGGAAAGGAGAGCAUCACAAUCCUCCCUGCAACUUCAAUUAGCCCCAUCGUUGGAACAUCAAACAGCUGCAAUGCUGAGCAUAUUAGAGAGAUAUAAGUGGCAUCAAUUUUCAGUAGUAACGAGUCCGAUUGCAGGACACGAUGAUUUCAUCCAAGCUGUGAGGGAACGAGUUUCAGCAAUGCAGGACCGUUUCAAGUUUACAAUCCUCAACGCAGUCCUCGUCUCACAUCAUCGUGAUUUGGCUGCACUUGUGGAUUCCGAAGCCCGAGUAAUGCUGCUUUAUUGCACGAAUCAAGAAGCAAUAGACAUCCUUACUGCCGCUAAGGAUUUUCACCUUACUGGAGAAAAUUAUGUUUGGGUUGUAACACAAAGCGUUAUAGCGAACCCACUUGAAGCACCAGGCCAAUUUCCAGUUGGCAUGUUAGGCGUACAUUUUGACACGUCGAGUUCUAGUCUGGUGAACGAGAUAACGACCGCAAUCAAGGUGUAUGCUUAUGGCGUGGAAGACUUCACAAACGAUCUGGCAAAUGCAGGACGGUCUCUUAAUACCCAGCUUUCGUGUGAAGGCGAAGGUGCAGCUCGAUGGAAUACCGGAGAUCGGUUUUUUCGAGUACUCCGCAAUGUAAGCGUUGAAGGUGAAGCCGGGAAACCCAAUCUGGAGUUUACUCAAGAUGGAGUGUUGAAAGCGGCCGAGUUGAAAAUAAUGAAUCUUAGGCCGGGAGUCAGCAAACAGCUCGUUUGGGAAGAGAUUGGAGUGUGGAAAUCCUGGCAGAAAGAAGGACUCGAUAUUAAAGACAUCGUGUGGCCUGGAAACAGUCACACACCACCACAAGGAGUUCCUGAAAAGUUUCAUCUAAAAAUCACUUUUUUGGAAGAACCACCCUAUAUAAGCCUAGCACCUCCUGAUCCAGUUACAGGAAAGUGUUCAAUGGAUAGAGGGGUGUUGUGCAGAGUGGCCAGCGACGCAGACAUCACCGAGGUCGACACGACACUGGCCCACCGCAAUGGUAGUUUCUAUCAAUGCUGUUCGGGAUUUUGCAUCGACCUUUUGCAAAAAUUCUCAGAAGAGUUGGGUUUCACCUACGAACUCGUCCGUGUUGAAGAUGGGAGAUGGGGAACGAACGAAAAUGGAAAGUGGAACGGUCUCAUUGCUGAUCUUGUUAAUCGAAAAACGGAUAUGGUUUUGACGUCGCUGAUGAUUAAUGCUGAGAGAGAAGCAGUAGUAGACUUCAGUGUUCCUUUUAUGGAAACAGGAAUUGCAAUUGUGGUGGCGAAACGAACUGGAAUUAUUUCUCCGACGGCAUUUUUGGAACCUUUUGACACGGCCUCUUGGAUGCUUGUGGGUGUUGUCGCAAUUCAAGCUGCCACUUUCACAAUUUUCCUUUUUGAAUGGCUGUCUCCGAGUGGAUUCAAUAUGAGACUGUCGUUUAAUCAGUCAACACCAUCAGCAUCACAUCGUUUUUCGUUAUUCCGCACUUACUGGCUGGUUUGGGCUGUCCUUUUUCAAGCGGCGGUUCAUGUUGAUUCUCCCAGGGGAUUCACAGCACGUUUUAUGACAAAUGUUUGGGCGAUGUUCGCCGUAGUCUUCCUCGCCAUAUACACUGCCAACCUCGCAGCCUUCAUGAUCACAAGAGAGGAGUUUUUUGAAUUCUCAGGUCUCGACGACCACCGCUUAUCGCGCCCAUACUCGCAAAAGCCCCUCAUCAAAUUCGGAACAAUUCCCUGGUCUCACACCGAUUCAACAAUAGCGAAAUAUUUCAAAGAUAUGCACGCAUAUAUGAGACAAUUCAACAAAUCCACAGUUCUCGAAGGAGUCGACGCCGUUUUAAGCGCCGAAAUGGACGCUUUCAUAUACGACGGCACUGUCUUAGACUAUCUUACGUCGCAAGACGAAGACUGUAGACUCCUCACUGUCGGUUCUUGGUAUGCAAUGACCGGCUAUGGCCUGGCCUUCCCCCGAAAUUCCAAGUACCUGAAAAUGUUCAACAAACGGCUGUUGGACUUUCGAGAAAACGGCGACCUUGAACGUCUGCGCCGCUACUGGAUGACCGGGGUCUGCAAGCCCGGGAAACAGGAGCACAAGAGCUCAGAUCCCUUAGCUUUAGAACAGUUUUUAUCAGCGUUCCUAUUGUUAAUGGCGGGCAUACUCCUCGCUGCGCUGCUGUUGUUUCUCGAACACUUGUACUUCAAAUACGUUCGAAAGCACCUCGCGAAGACCGACCGGGGGGGCUGUUGCGCCCUCAUCAGUCUCUCAAUGGGUAAAAGUCUGACAUUUCGUGGGGCCGUAUACGAGGCCCAAGACAUACUACGAAAUCACCGCUGUAGAGACCCCAUUUGCGACACUCAUCUCUGGAAAGUCAAAAGGGAGUUGGAUAUCUCCCAAAUGAGGUGUAAGCAGUUGGAGAAGGAGUUGGAAGCACACGGUAUAAAACCUCCACCUCCAUGCAAACGGCGUCAACGUAACACCACCUGUCUUUCGUCCUGUCUGGAUUCUUCGGAAUCACCUGAUGUAAUAGUUUCUGGAGAACAAGCCAGAUCUAGGUUAAGAAGCUUAAAUCCAGAUAAAAGUAGCAACUCUGAUUUAUUUGGUCAGAAGACAGAAAUAGCAGAAAUGGAAACAGUACUGUGAUCAAAUAAGAAAAUCGAGAACAACACCAACUAAUUGGAACCAUCAUCAUUGCCUGAAAAAGAACUCUUAUGAAUUGUGGUGCAUUGUUAAAUAGUAUCAGUGACUACCAAAACCCAAAACUUGGUGCCAAAUAAGCUCAUAAUUCGUCAAAUACAAAUAGGAUAGAUCGAAAUAUUUAUUCAUAUUGUAGAUAGUCAGUCGCAAAAUCGACCGUUAUGACGUUAAACUGACUGAAUGUUGUAUAGACUACAUUCUAUACGACUUUCUAUUAGUUUACAUUGUUGUUGCUAUAAUGUUGUUGCUGUUAUUGUUGAUGUUUUCACGCUAUAAAUUAUGUCAAUAUGUAUAGUAAUAAGGUCAUGAGAAAUUUCAAAAUUUUAUCACACACCGCCAAUAAACCCCAAUCCCGGAAAAUAAAACUCGAGAGUUUAGUUUUAAAAAAUUGACAAUGUUCACAAGACUGCCUUUGUUGUUGCAAAAUAAAUUUUUAACUCCUCGAGUGGUGAAAAUUUCUAAUGACCGUUCAUCCUGGUUUAUAUUUUUUAAAACACAAUUUUUGUAAUCCGAAAAAAAGAUUUGAUUAUGACACUGUUGGUAAAUGUCUUCAAUGUCCAUUUUUUUCACACUUCAAAAUUCAAUGUUCAGUGUAAUAUAACAAUAAUUUACGUUAGUGUCAAUCUUUUUUUCGAAGAAGCCACAAAAAUGUUUCUAUGAAACCAAAUGUAGAAUCUUCAUUACAAAAUGCUUUAAACCUCAGAAUCAAAUCCACAAUGGAGAUUCUACAUAACUGUUGAUAAAAAAACUAAUUGUGUACUAUUCUGUGUUGAUCAUUUUGUAUUAUUAAUAAACGAAUGUAAAUAAGAUUGCAAUAAAACCUAUAUUUAAACAAGUCAAUAAUAUAGAAGCAGUAUAAAUGUUAACUAUGUAAUCCGUAUAUAUUUCAGUAA